ACACUGCACCUUUAUGGCAGCAGUUUUUUUUUGGGCAUUGAACGCGACGCGAGAUCUGCAAAAUGUUGAAAACGCGCGGAACGGACGACAACUAAUCGCCCCGAACAACGGUUAUAUAUUUAAUAUAUAGAGGUGAUCCGAGCCUAGGGUAAACCGCAACGCGGCAACCGCAGCCAAUGCCUGCUGGCUGAAUAGGAGCACCCACCCACCCAGCGACUCACACACACUGACUGGGAUCGGACCCACUACACACCCCGCACACACACAUUCGCGAGGGAGCCCCCACUCGCACACCACACACACUCCGCACACACAACUGCGAGGGACGGGACACACACAUCGCGAUGUCGCACCUACCACUGCCGCUGUACGGCUUCGCGGCGUUCUUCAUGAUUUUCUGGUUCGGCACCUGGAUGGUGCAUGUGAUAGCCAUCUGCUACGGCCGCUACAAGCUGCACAAGAAGUCCUGCAAGCUGCCCACGGAGGCUCAGCCGCUGCCCGGUGUUUCUAUUCUGAAGCCUCUGAUGGGCGUGGAUCCGAACCUGCAGCACAACUUGGAGACCUUCUUCACGAUGGACUAUCCUCUGUACGAACUGCUUUUCUGCGUUGAAGACAAGGAGGACCCGGCCAUUCAGCUGGUGGAACGACUCCUGGCCAAGUAUCCCAAAGUGGACGCCAAGCUCUUUGUUGGCGGCUCGGAUGUGGGCGUCAACCCAAAGAUCAACAACAUCCAUCCUGGCUACAUGGCCGCUAAGUACGAUUUCGUGAUGAUCUCAGACAGCGGCAUCAAGAUGAAGGAUGACACUCUGCUGGAUAUGGUCCAGAACAUGUCUGAGAAGCAUGCCUUAGUCCAUCAGAUGCCCUUUACCAGCGACCGCGAUGGCUUUGCGGCCACCUUUGAAAAGGUGUUCUUUGGGACGGUCCAGAGCAGGAUCUACCUGUCGGCGGACGUCCUGGGCAUCAACUGCCACACGGGCAUGUCAUGUCUGCUGCGCAAGGCGGUCAUCGAUCAGCUGGGAGGUCUCAGAGCCUUUGGCUGCUACCUGGCGGAGGAUUUUUUCAUUGCCCGCGACAUAACACGACUAGGCUGGAAGAUGCGCAUCUCCAGCCAACCCGCGCUGCAGAAUAGCGGGCUGUGCGACAUUGGCAGCUUCCAGGCGCGUCUUAUCCGCUGGGCUAAGCUGCGCGUGGCCAUGGUGCCGACAACCAUACUGCUGGAGCCGCUCUCCGAGUGCAUGAUUCUGGGCGCUUUGGCCGCCUGGUCGGCCUCCGUGCUCUUCAGCUGGGACCCGCUGGUGUUCUAUCUGGUGCACGUGCUCUGCUGGUUCCUCUCAGACUGGCUCCUGCUCUCCAUUGUCCAGCACGGCUCGAUGCCGUUCCACAAGUUCGAGUUCGUCAUCGGCUGGCUGUUCCGCGAGCUUACGGGACCCUAUCUGUUCCUGCACGCCCUGUGGAAUCCCUCGAUUCGCUGGCGCACCCGCACCUACAAGUUGCACUGGGGCGGAGUCGCCUACGAGCUGAACAGCCCCGCGUCCGAUGCGGCCAACGCCCCGCUGGCGCCACAGCAGCCAGCGCCCACGUUAGCUGUGGCGGCGGAAGCGUCGACGACGGUUGCAGGAUCAUCAGGCUCGACGGGGGAGAUGCUGAUCUGCACGGGCGCCAAGCAGCGGCUGCUGGCGUCGUAGCAGCAACUAGUUAAGUUUGUUAUUUUGUACUCUCAGCGUCUGGUAUUAGUAGUAUUAUUAGCUGAACCUUAGUCACUACGUAAGACUAGACUUAGAGCUGUAAAAAGAGGAUGGCGAGGACGAUGGACCUAGAUUAGAUUAGACAACCCGAUCGAAGAUCGAUCGAGAUUGCGUUGAGAUGUAGGGCUUAGGCUCAAUCCGGACCAGGUACAGUUUGUUGGCUUCGCGUAAACUGGUUAACGAUGCUUUGUGUAUAUAAUUAUUACGUAUAUAUCGUGUGUGUGGGGGCAGCAGCCCCUGCACAGACGUUAUAGUUAGCCUUAUGAUCGUUCCCCGCUUUUUGAAUUGUAAUUACUUAAUUUAUUUUUCGUCCCAGCACCUUAGUUGAAUAUUGUUAUCGGUUAAGCCUCCUACAUUUAUGAUUACGUUAUAAGUUCAGUUGAGUUGUUUGUGUUUUGUGGUUCUUCCGCUCUUUGUUUUUGCCUCAGCUUCUGUACAUAAGCUCCGAAAAUGGAAGAAUGCCAUUGAAUAAAUCGAAUCGAAACGAAUGAAAGGAAA